GGCUGCCUGACUGGAAUGAGGGUAGCUGCGGCGACUGCGGCGGCGGGAGCGGGGCCGGCCAUGGCGGUGUGGACGCGGGCCACCAAAGCGGGGUUGGUGGAGCUGCUCCUGAGGGAGCGCUGGGUUCGAGUGGUGGCCGAGCUGAGCGGGGAGAGCCUGAGCCUGACGGGCGACGCCGCGGUGGCUGAGUUCGGGCCCGCGGCGGCCGCCUUCAACGGCCUCCCGAACGGCGGCGGCGCCGGCGACUCGCUGCCCGGGAGCCCGAGCCGCGGCCUGGGCCCCCCGAGUCCACCCGCGCCUCCGGGGAGCCCGGCGGGCGAGGCGGGCGCAUCACCGCCGGUGCGCCGGGUCCGUGUGGUGAAGCAGGAGGCGGGCGGCCUGGGCAUCAGCAUCAAGGGCGGCCGCGAGAACCGGAUGCCGAUCCUCAUCUCCAAGAUCUUCCCGGGACUGGCGGCCGACCAGAGCCGGGCGCUGCGGCUGGGCGACGCCAUCCUGUCGGUGAACGGCACCGACCUGCGCCAGGCCACCCACGACCAGGCCGUGCAGGCGCUGAAGCGCGCGGGCAAGGAGGUGCUGCUGGAGGUUAAAUUCAUACGAGAAGUAACACCAUAUAUCAAGAAGCCAUCGUUGGUGUCAGAUCUGCCCUGGGAAAGUGCCGCUCCCCAGUCACCCAGCUUUAGUGGCAGUGAGGACUCGGGUUCUCCAAAACACCAGAACAGCACCAAGGACAGGAAGGUCAUCCCGCUCAAAAUGUGCUUUGCUGCUAGAAACCUAAGCAUGCCGGACCUGGAGAACAGAUUGAUAGAGCUCCAUUCUCCUGAUAGCAGGAACACGUUGAUCCUCCGUUGCAAGGAUACAGCCACAGCACACUCCUGGUUCGUAGCUAUCCACACCAACAUAAUGGCUCUCCUCCCACAGGUGUUGGCUGAACUCAAUGCCAUGCUGGGUGCCACCAGCACAGCGGGAGGCGGCAAGGAGGUUAAGCACAUUGCCUGGCUGGCAGAACAGGCAAAGCUAGAUGGUGGAAGGCAGCAGUGGAGACCUGUCCUCAUGGCCGUGACUGAGAAGGACCUGCUGCUUUAUGACUGUAUGCCAUGGACCAGGGAUGCCUGGGCAUCACCAUGUCAUAGCUACCCUCUUGUUGCCACAAGGCUGGUUCAUUCUGGCUCUGGGUGUCGCUCACCCUCCCUUGGAUCUGACCUGACGUUCGCCACCAGGACAGGCUCUCGGCAGGGCAUCGAGAUGCAUCUCUUCAGGGUGGAGACACAUCGGGAUCUGUCCACCUGGACCCGGAUGCUUGUUCAGGGCUGCCAUGCAGCUGCUGAGUUGAUCAAGGAAGUCUCUCUAGGCUGCACAUUAAAUGGCCAAGAGGUGAGACUUACCGUCCACUAUGAAAGUGGGUUCACUAUCUCCAGGGAAAAUGGAGGUUCCAGUAGCGUCUUGUACCGCUACCCCUUUGAAAGGCUGAAAAUGUCUGCUGAUGAUGGCAUCAGAAAUCUGUAUCUGGAUUUUGGUGGACCCGAAGGAGAACUGACCAUGGACCUGCACUCCUGUCCGAAGCCGAUUGUAUUUGUGUUGCACACAUUCUUGUCGGCCAAAGUCACUCGCAUGGGACUGCUUGUAUGAGCAGCAAAAAAAAAAAUCAGUUAAAGAGCCUUGAAUGUCAUAAGAAGUAUUUCCACCUCAGAAAAAAAAAAAAAAAGCACAAACAGAAAGCUCUUUGCUCCCUCCCCCAGCACAGUGCCUUGACAAGGACCUGCAGAUCACUGCUGAACUUACCGUGUUUGAAGAAGAGCUUGCUCUUUACAAGCUACCUUGGCCAGAAAUUCUAGGACUCUAGUAAGCUCCAAAAUGAAUCUGUUAAUUUAUUGUCUCGUCUCCUAAUGUGAUUUCUAAGUAAUUAGGUUUAUAUCCCUUGUUAAGAAGGGUGGCUCAUUCAUUUUCAUUUUGGGCAUAAUCAAACAUCUGAGCGUUUUCUUCUCCUCCUUCCAAUAGAAUUUAUUUCAGGCUUAACCUUGACCACUUACUUAGAACAACCAUCCCUUCACAGGUGCUAGUUUGCAGCAGCCUGGGCUUCUUGGUCACUCCGUGUAGGUUAGACAUUUGAUUGGAAUUUACUGUCCUCAUUUACUCCUCCUACCCUCGGAAGUCCUUGAAAUGCAUCACCAAAGGGUUCUUCACAUGUCCUGGCUCUCCCUGUAUCCUACCCUGACCAUCAUGUCCCGCCACGCCCCUGGCUUUGCCACGCCUAAGUGCUCACUUUAGGACUUAGAACUUAGGAGAUUUGAUUUGCCUUGCUUUCCACUCCCUAUCUGGUAGUGACCAACUUGAAGAGCAAGUUGGUAACCACUGCUCUGAAAGCAAAGUUUUGCUUGUUUUAGGAUUUUCUGAUUUUUCUCUUUGGUAGGAGCCAGGGGUAAGAUUUCUUUUAAAAGAAAAUCCUCAUUAGCUGAAGCCAUUUUUUUAUUGCCGACCAAAUGUGCCUUUGGUGAGGGUUAAUGGAGCUUUAUUAGUCACUGUUUGAAUAACUGGAUAUCACUGCCAUUCCAGGGAAGUCAUCUAUCCUAAUUUUGAGGAACAGUCUUUGAGGUGGGUUUCCUUAGUGUGGUAUCUUUUCCAACUGGUAGAUCUUUUGAAGCAAGAUAAAUCCUAUAGAGCCAGCUUGUUUUAUAGAGUACACAUCAGUGAAGCAGCACACCGUCAGCACAAACACCGUGUCGCGUCGCUUUGGGCUGUGUGAGCCCAGGCAGGAUCCAGGCCCAGGCCCUCUCCCUCCAGGGCAGCAGAGCGGCGUCCAUCAGCACUGCUCACUCAGCGCUGGCUCCGUCACGCCUCCUGCAGCGGGCAGGGCACCGAGACCUUGGAACAGCUGCCUGGGCUUCGCUGAGCCUCACCCGAUGUGUCAUCAGGAGACCACAGCAGCAGCGAAAGGGCUGGUUCUGCCGUACUGGAGAAUCACAUUCAGCUUUCUUUUCCUAAUUAUGAAAGAGGUAUAUAUCUGAAACCAUUUACAACAGUAUAAUAGCUAUAUAAAAUGUCAAGGUUAGUACAGUCCCCAGAUCCAAAAGAAAAGAUAACACUGACUUGGCUGUUCUCUGUGCUCUCUGGGGAGGGGUCUAGGAAUAGUUCUCAUUUACUAGAGUUAUCAGGAAUGCCAUAGAGGAUGUGUGUACUAUGGAGGGUGUUAGAGGAUAGCAAUCCAAAGAUAAGAAGAAGAAAAAAAAAAAAACCACCCACAAAUGUACGUUUGCAAAGAGCUAUUUGGUUUGAGUGCAGACUGACCUAUAGGCAGGACAUAUAAAAGAGCAGACCAAUGAGCAGAGAUGGUUCAAGUUAGACUUUGUAAACUCAUUGUCCUCCCUCCACCCCAUAAGUCAGUUCUUCUCCCAGCUCCAGUCCCCAAAAUGUUCUACUUAAAACUGGAAAUUGAAAUCUAGGCUGGAAUAUAACUUCUAAGAGCUUUUCUUAAUGUUUUGAAAUUUCAUAAAUCUAAGUUUGGUUUCAUCUGGGAUAUGUUGCAAGUCAGAAAAAAAGAAAAUAUCUUGAAGAUCCAGCCAAGAUUUCCGGAAGCAGAAUAUCAACACAAAAUACCCUCAGAUAAGUAAGCUUAGACACUUUUUGCAGUGAGAGUAAUAUUAAUCUGAGAAGUUGAACAAUACAGUCAUAGACUUACACAGCAAAGCCAUUUGGUGAGGUUUUCUGUGUUAGUACGAAAGGCUAAUAAGCCACUGAGAAUUUUUUUCUGGGGGAACUUCUGAGCCACCCGCUCAUUUCUUUUAUGGAAAAGAUCUGUUAAAGAGUUGUGAUUUAAACGUGCACAGGAGAGGUAAGCAUUGUGUGCAUUUUGGCUCAUUUUGCUCAAGCUUUAACUGUCAUAGCACCAAGAUCCCUAGGUUUCUUAGCAUCUUUUGAGUCUUGAUGCAAAAUGAAAGUGUAUGGGGGGUUUCCUUUUACCACAAGCACCCCCAAGAACAAGAGCCCUUCAGCUGCUUGUUUAACAAAUGUCAGCAGCUUUCCAAUCAUGGGUGACCAGGUUGUUCUUCAAAUAAGUGUGUUUGUGGGACUCUCAUACCACAAAUCAGGUGCUUUUUAUGAAUGAGACAGCCUUGGUAAAUAGCUAUUUUGUAUCAAGAUGCCAAAAUGUGGCAAAUUAUCUUCAAAUGGUAACUGCAGAUGGGCAGUUUUGAUAUUUCACCUCUUUUCUAGAACAGCUGACUUUUCAUUUCUCUUUGAUUUUGAAUUAGGAAGACUGUUGAGGAUGUGGUGGGCUUCCCUGUGUCAAGUGGAAGGGAGCCGCAGAGUAGCAUCCCCUCGUUCCGAUGGACCCAUCCUGUGUCCUCGGGACCCACCUGAGGGUGUAGAUGUCUUCUCCACAUUCCACACGGAUGGCUACAAGCAGCCAGCUGGGGUGUGAGCUUUCCUCCUCCUCAUUCUCUAAAACUUCCUCCCUCCCUCUCCAAAAAAGCAAAAGGAAAGGAAGAAAAGGCUCAAUUAUACUUUUGUUGGAAAAUGUGAGUCCUUUCCUCAAGUCUUCAAACAAACCUUACCUGGAAAUUAUAUCUAAUAUUUUAUAUGAAGAAAUACUUUAAUGUAUGUUACACAGUAUUUAUUAGGUAGUCGUAACUGUAAACUCACCUACCUAGAAAAGUUUCAGAUUAAAUAUUGGGACAUGUACAGGAAUCAGAAAUAUUACUUUGAAGGUCAUUUGCCUAUUUUAAAGCCAUGUUUUAGCACCUUUUAGGCUAGGUGAAGUCUGAUAGUGCCUGUUCCUGUCAUCUACUCUCACAAAGUUAUUGAAAAUUAUUGCAUGCAGGAAAGAUCAAACUGUUUAUUUCCUAUAUUUUUAUAAGUGGAAAAAUCUCUCUGACCAACAAGUCAUUAAAGUUGUUACUGAUUAUUCUCUUUAUUUAUCAUCCUAACAGAAUGGUAACAAAGCUUUUUUCAGCUGAUUACAUGCACUUAGCUAAUAAACCAAAAUUUACUCUUUAAAAAAAAUUUAAGCUGUGUGGAAUAUGGACAAGACUACAUUUCACUGUAAAUGGUUUUGAUGGACAAAAGUGUGUCCACUUUUGAGAAAAGGUUAUAAUGGAUUGUUUUUAAUUUUGAGAGAACCUCCAGUCUUCUUGUUUAAUUUAUAUCCAUAUUUUUAAAUUCAAAGUAUCUUGUAAGCUGCUAUGCAAAAUCUAUUAAAAGCCCUACCUACUUAAAAAGUUAAACAUUUUUGAAGUUUUCAGGGAAGACCUGUAGACUUAAGCACUUUCUCUGCUUUUUUUUUUUCUUAUAUCUUAGACACGCUGAAUUAUGUUCUUAUUAUUUUCACUGGUUAUAAGCUAUUGAUUGUACAUAAUAUUUAAACCAUCCAAAUAUCCAGCAUACAUUUCCAUGUCACUGCCAUCCACUAUUGAUGCUGUGAAUGAAAUGGCUGGUUAGAAAGCCAAAGGUCUUUUUUUUUCCCCAAUAUCCAAUGAAGAAGUAAAAUGCCAGAUCUCUUUCGUCUCAAAGCAUACUGAGAUCUGCAUAUCUGUGUAAGGAAGAGAGACUGAUUUGGGAUUCUGCUUAAACUUUAAGUUGAAUUUGUUAUAGUCAUAUUCAUUUGUUUUACCGAUGUCUAUCAGAUAUAUUACAUGCCAAGUGGUACUACAUCCUGUUGGAAAUAUGUUUCAUUUAAAUUUGAAUUCUUAUCAUGGCUUUUUUUUUUUUUUCUCCAUUAGAUCAAAGUAGAGGAAUCUGCCAUUUUCUACCAUUCUAUGUCCCUAUUUUAUUUGCCUGGUGAUCUAGAAUUAUUUUGUUAUGCACACUGUCUUUAAAAACGGACAGCAGCAGUCCUCCCACCCCCGCUCACCUUUUUAAGCUAUAUGUUUCAUUGUGCUGGGCCUGGAGGCACUCCUUAACUGUGUGAUGAUGGACAAUUCUAAAAUAAUUAUGCUGUAUAUCAGGAUUAUGUGUUUUUGAGCAAUAGAGCUACUUCUAUGGUAUAAUAAUAUUAAGUGAAGUUUAUUUUACACUAGUAAUAGACUACAUAGGUGGUUGAUUUGAAACCCUUUCCCUAAAGCACACACAUACACAAGCAUACUUCUAGCAGAUCAGUAUUUUCCAGUUAAGGUAAGGUACAAUUAAUAGACACAUAGAACACAUCUGUCUCUUCAACACUAGCUAAACUGCCAACUGGAAGAAUGGUUGUUAUGUAUUAACUUUAAAAAAUAUCUUAACAAGAUUUCUUCUUUUAUAAACUUGAGCUGAAUUUCUUGUCACCUCUGUUCUUACUUUCCACUUUAGCUGACUGAACCAAAGCUUAUUCUGGUUUUAAAAGUAAAUGUAUCCUUGAUGUAAUGCAUAAAUAUGGCGUUUAUUGCUUGCUCUCCGAUGAACAUUUUAUUGUAUUCAACAAAAGUCUACCAUAUGACCUAUAAUCUUUGAAUUGCCACAAAAUAGAUUGGUUGAAACUAAAAAGAUGUAACAGAGAAAUGAUGCUUCAUUUUAUUGUAAAAUUAGGUAUUCUGAUAGAUUUCUAACUUCUGUGUCCUGGAAGUACUUUGGCUCAGUUUAAUAAUAAUCUUACCUCCAUGCCAUUGACACAAAUGCAAAAUUUUUUGAGUCCCUCUUUAUCCUAGUCCCAUAUAGACCCUUGGAUCCUAAUUAUCACCUCUUCCAAGGUGACAUAAGUCCCUAAUGAAUAGACAAAAGGUUCUUUGGGGCCCUAGAGAAAUUUUUGAAAUGUCAAAUCUAGUUAAUUAUAUAUUAAUUCAUGAAUUCUUUCAUCUAAUAAGCAUUUAUUCAUGUGCAGUUCUUCACAGGCACUCUGAAGGGUCCAAAAGAAAAUUCCUGCCCUCAAGCAACACCUCAUCCAUUAUUUCUCAGUCAUACCAUGCCAUCUAUUUAUCAGUCAGAGGUUAAGUCAUUAACCACCUCAUAUUUUUACCAAAGUAAACCUCCAGUUCUGCUCACCUGGCAGACUGGACAGUGUUUAAAAGGAUGCUCAGUCACUGGUCUAUGCCAGCAUGAAAGAACUCCAAGCACAUUUAAGAAGGUUGGUCUUUUCAUCAUGCAUCUUUUUUUUUUAAUGCAAAAUCAGACUUAAGUUUGGGAUGCAGAAUAGUGUAGAAUAUUCUUAGUAAGGCAAAUCACAACUAAAAGUAAGCUCUGUUGCCCUAAGUGGAUCAAUGAGAAAGUCUUUUUAAAGAAAUACUUGUCUAUCAACAGAAGAGAUCAGUGUAUAUUUUAUCUACCCCCCUUUGUAGAUUCUGCUGAUCCAAUCAUUUCCACACUUACAGCUUUUAAACAUCUCAUUUGCUCAAACUCCUUACAUGUGAUAGAUAGACUGUUGCUUCAUCUGAGAAAUCAAAAUAAUGAAGAUAUUUAAAACUUAGCAAAAUUUCACUUACUCUAGAACACUUGGGCAUUCAAACUCAGUAAAAAGGGCACCUUACAAAAAUAAGGGAGGUUGCAUGAGUUUUUCCGUUUUUUCCUUCAGUAUCAGUCCCUUCUAUCCAGCCUGCCUCCCAUCUGUCACUAGAGGCAGCCUUUCGGUCACAGCCUUUGUCAUGCCCAGAAAGGCGCUGAAGUGUCAGUGACUGGAAUGGCGCAGGGAGCACAUCCUCCUGGGCUCCCUCUCCACGGUUUUCAGUGUCCCGUAGUUGUGCACAGAAUUUAGGUCAUGCCUUUAAUGUCUUGGUCUUGACUUUAAACCGCCCCCUUUGACAAUCAGGUGCUAAUGAUGCUGUUGGAACCAGCCUGUAUUGUGAGUGUCUGUACUGCCUAGGCGGGAAGAAGUGCUUUCCUUCUAUCAGUCCUGUUCAGGUGGGUGUCAGUUACAUUUUGUCACCUCUUGUUUUGUGAAUUAAUAGAAUUUGGAGGAAAAGAAAUGAUUUAAGCUACAAGUUUGGGGUUUGGUACAGUCAUCAAUCUUGAUGACACUCUUCGUACUUUAAACCAAAUCUUCUCUAUCAUAAGAACCAAUUUCCAACUGUUUUUCUCUAGUUUGGACUCCAGUGUUAUGUUUUACAGUCUGGGUAACACUGUAACACUGAUGGGUUCAGCGUGAUAAGACCUGGGUACCCAAAGAAUCUGUUUCCUUUGUGGUACCAGACCCAAGGUCUUUUAGAAACUAAUGUGGCAAAACACCACCUAUAAAGGCCUGUUUUGGCUGAUCUGUGCAAACUCUGAUUAUACCCUCUUGUAUGUAUUCUGUCCCACACAACUCUCGUUUUUUUAAGUAUUAAGACCUAGAAAGCUAGCAUAACACUUCUACAAGGAGUUAAAAGUAUGUGAUAUUCUGUUUUUUUCCUUCCUUUUGGAAUCCUGUAUUUAAACAAGACUUCUUUUUAAGUAUUGUUUAAAAUUUAGGUCUCAAGUCUUCUGGCAUUACCAGAUUACCAAAUCAAAACCCAUGGUGUAAAACAGGGCAGUAUUUGUGUUCUUAAUAAUGAGAAAGCUUUAUGUGUACUCUGUAAGUAUAAUGCAUAGACAACACUUUCCCUUGAGUUGCACAUCAACAUAGAGCAUUGUACAUUACAAUGAGGUUUGUAACUUAAGGGUAUUAUAUAUAUAAAUACAUAUAUACCUUUGUAACCUUUAUACUGUAAAUAAAAGAAUUGCUUUUA